UUCAACCUGAGGAUGGCCUUUGGAAUAGGCCAAAAACGUUAGUUUUCAAUAAAACUAUCUCGGCAACAUAAAAGGUGCGUUAUGAUAAUCUAGUUAUUUGCUGAGCUACGUCUGUUAAAUAUUUUAAUAAGAAAUAUUUUCAAGUUUCACAGUUCAAUAUUAUUCGAAACAUGAUAAGGAACUAUAUACGGAAUUUUGGUUGGAAGUGAACGUCAUUUCCGGCAGGUGGGAAGUAUUCGAUCUUGAAACGUUUCUGUAUUUCUGCCAGAAAGCAAGAUGGCAGAGUAUAUUGAAUAUGUUAACCAUUGCAAAAAGAAAUUAGAGAGAGGAGGCGACGAUGAAAAAACAUUUGCAAUUCUUCUUAAGCUGAAGAAAAUCCCUAUAAGUGUAAAUCUUUUACAAGAAACUGGUAUUGGUAAAACUGUUCGUGGAUUGAAAAGUCGACAAGGAGAAGUUGGAGAACUAGCACAACAUAUAUAUGAAAACUGGAGGAAAGCUGUUAUAGACACAUCUCAACAUAAAGGAAAAGAAGAAUCAAAACACAAAAAGACUACAAAUGAUGUUCAUAAAGAAAGCAGUAAACAGUUAUUAGUUGAAAAUCAUAAAAUUUCAUAUGCAAAACAAUCUGCUGUUAGUAACAAUGCUAAACUUGCUCAAAAUCACUACAGUUCAAACAAAAAUGAUUCUCAGAAUCAGAAAAAGUAUAAAAGUUUAGGACAUGAUACACAUAUGAAAGAUAGAUCAUCAUUAUCAAGUAACUUUUGUAAUUAUUCAACUUCCAACGACAACAACAACAAUUAUUAUACAGAAGAAAUGGAAGAUGAUGAUGAAAUAAAUAUAUCAAAUACUCAUUUUCAUAAAAAGUCAGAAAAAGUAAAUAAAAAUAAUUAUGAUGAUAAAAAAACAGUUUACAAACAGAAAUCUUCAAAAAAUGAUAUGUCUAUGAAAAAAGAAGAGAAUUCACAUUCUCAGAAAAAAAACAAGAAAUUAAAAAGACAGUUAUUAGAAUCUAAAGAAGAAAGUUUUAAUAGUUCUGUUGCUAGUUUUGAGGAUAUAUUAGGACUUAAUGAUUCAUUGAAAGUCAAAAGAAAAAAGCCUAUGCCAAGUACUCAAACAACUAAAAAGUUUCAAGAACCUCAAUUUUCAACUGAAAAUGAAGUAAAGAAAUCAACUACAACUUCCAAAAAUGAUAAAACCAAUAAAGUAACCAUAAAUAAAACAGUAAAAAAAUCUGUAAAUAAAUGUUUAUCAUCCGGUCUGCCUGAUGUUCCUGAGGCAUUGAAAAAGUCCAAACUUGUGCCAUUAGAUGAAGUAGAUAUUUUAUCAACGUUACCUCCUAUUCAACCAAAUUACAAGCCUCUUCCACAUAAAGAUCUUGAUUACCUUUCAAAGAAGAAAAGAACUAGUAUGUUUUUGCUUUCUAAACUGUUUGGAAAAAUGAAAUAUGGUGUACCAACCUUAUAUGAAGCUUGUGUUCGUGUUCUUAUUGAGAAUAUAGAUGCACUUGCAUAUACUGGAGGCGUUCCUUAUUUUCUUUUAAAGCCCGUAUUACAGAGGUGUAAUCCAAUACAGCUAUAUUCUUUAGAAGAUUAUAAUCCAGAUCUUUUAGAAGAUACAGAUGAAUUAUGGGAAAUACACUGUAAAAGAGAAUUCAGAAAUACUGAACCAGAUGAAGAUGAAACAUGGCGUGAAUUAUACUUGCGUAAAUAUGAUGAAAGAGAAUCAAAACUCAAAAGUGUUACAGCCAAUAUAUCUGCUUCAAUGGCCAAAGCUACUCAAGUUAGGCAAACUAAACUAGCCUAUGUGGAUAGUGUUGCCAAACCACCGAGAGAUGUUGCAAGAAGACAAGCUAAACACGGCACAGGAUUAUCCAUAAUCACACCAGUAAAACCUGGUCAACAUAAAAUAACAUCACAUUCUAGUAAAAUUUCAGUAGUUAAUUCAUCAUCAUCAUUGGCAGCACCAUCAUCAUCAUCACUAUCAUCAUCAUCAUCUGUACAACCAAGAAAACCCCGUGUUGCUCCAUUAAUGCAAAAGACACUUAAAUUAAUGAAACAACAUUUUAGGAGAUGAAUUUAUUGUGUGAGAUAAUUUUGAAAGACAAUAUUUCCAUAUGUUGUUCACUAAGUUGAAAGGAAGCUUGGCACUGGUAUCAAUUUUCAAAUAAAUAAAAUGAUUUUAGAUUUUUUUUUUUCCAUUAGAAAAUUGUAUAUAUUUUUACAAACACACAUUGACGCGAGUCACAUUGUUUGUAACAUAUUGUACAUCCAUACCUUGUGUUGUUUUUAUGGCAUAUUAGAUGUAAUGUAUUACAUCUGAGUCAUAAAAAAUAGAUUGAGAUUUAUAAUAAUGCAACGUUGGAAGAUAAUUUAUUUGUUUACUAUGUUAAUAGCCUUAUUGUAAUCGAGUUUACUUUAUCACAAUCAUGGCAAUUUUGAUUCUAAAUGUAAAGAAAAAUGACUAUAUAAUGUAAAAUU